AUGAAUGAAGAUAGACUUCCUAACACAACCGAUUUGGCAUACAAAAGGGUUUCUGUACAUAAUAUAGAAGUGGGAUCCUAUGUUUUGGUCAGAGCUGGUGAGAUAAUUAUCUUGAUUCUACCACAGGUAUCAUUGAAGAGGGACGUACUGGAUAUCAGGGAGCAGGAUUAUUACGAGUCAUUGUACAAUGAGAGUCAGGCACAGUUUAACACAUAUGUUGAAGCAGGAACAAUUAUGCAUAACUAUGGUCACAUUUUUGACCUUCUCACACGUUUGCGUCAGGCAGUUGACCAUCCUUACCUUGUGGUAUAUUCUGCAACUUUAGCAAUGAGAAACACAAACAAGGUGGAAAUUGAUAAUGAAGAGCGCAUAUGUGGCAUUUGUCAUGAGCCAGCAGAAAAUCAUGUGGUUACCUCUUGUGAACAUGCUUUUUGCAAAGCUUGUUUGAUUGAUUAUGAUGCUUCCUUGGGACAAGUCUCAUGCCCUUCUUGCUCGACACCGCUUACUGUUGAUUUGACAGCAAUUGCAGAUAAUGGGAAUCAGACCAAAUACUACAACACCAACCAAAAAGGCGAGCAAGCAAGAACUGGAAGGCAAUGCAAAGAUCAUUGGAACAAGAUGAAUCAAAAGGUGGCGCGUUUCAAUGGGUGUUAUAAACGAGUACAACAAGCAUAUCACAGUGGUUGGUCUGAUGAGCAAAUUCUUGAGAAUGCACAUCAAUUGUACAAAUCUGAAAAUAACAACUCAAAUUUUCUGCUUGUGGACUGUUGGAGAUUGCUAAAGGAUGAGCCGAAAUGA